AUGGUGGGACUUCGUGUCCCUCCUGCUGAUGCGGCUGGUCAAAAUGGUGUGGAGGGGCCUGGAAUUGAUCAUGCGGAAACAUCGGCUGCUGCAUCGAGGGCUGGUCAAAAUGGUCCUCAGCUUCGGGCAUCUCGUUGUUCUCUUCGUCAUCUUCUUCCUCUUGUUGCUCUGCGUCGUCACCCUCAUCAUCACCAAAUUCUGGGAAUACACCUGCUUGGGUCAAUUGAUCUGGAGGAAGCCAAGUGUCGGGGUCGCCUGUAUCGAAUGAAGAACGAUCCAACUUGGCAGGAUAAGUUCGGUGGGCUGUCGACAGGUAUAUACUCGGGAUCCGGGAAGUCUAGGCCGACGGCUCGACCUAUGAUCGUGAUAAGUCCCCUGAUGAAAAUUUCCCCUGAGAAACGUUGGCGUAUGGAGUCACAUUUGUCUAAAAAGAAGCUUGAAAAACUGAGGGGGAGUGCACGCCUCAUGCUUCGGAGGAAAAAUAGCUCACAAUCUGUUGAUUUGACCGGGCUCGAGACGCCCGAAGAUACUCGUCGUAAGGACUCGGUGAGCAAUUCGCCAGCAGGGGUGAACGAUGUUCUUGGCUCGCUGUCGGCUUGGGUUGAAGGUUGCGAGACCGGAAAUUUGCAUCCAAAAGUUUCCAUCAGGGUAACGCAGAAAAUCUUGGUACUCUUGAUUUUGGGGGCUGAUGCGGAGUGGAUCGUCUAUACCCAUGAUAGAAUCAAGCUCUUCGUAUGUGAGCCUAUGAUGCUCCCCUUUCAACUGGAAUGUGAGGACUUUCGUGUCAUCAUCUCGUGCAUAUGUGCUAAGAAAUUCCAUUGUGGGUUCCUCGUAAGUUCUGUCACAAAGUCGAAGAAAACCACGCCAACCCAGUUUUACGAACAAAUUGUAUACACCAUCAUGCACCCCAAGCUUUUUCAUGGACUUUUUAUGGUAGAAUUUUGUCGGCCGGAUUGCGCGACCCUGAAGAUUGGAGCGAUAGGUUUUGAUCUCAGCAUUUGUAAGGGAAGGAUCGCUUCCCUCUUCUCCUCUUUUUUUUUUUUCCGUUUACCGGCUGCUUUGCGUGAUGGACCGGUGACAUCCUUUUGCGGGUUAGGAUCGAUCGAUGAUCCAUGGGUGCGUGUCCGAGCCGCGGUUUUGCCCAUUUUCAAAACCUACAAUAUCAAAAACAACUUCACCAACGUAAUCCCUCACCUCACCACUCUUAAAUCAAUGCAACUAUCUUUAGACCGAACACAAAAAAAAAAAUCCAAGAAAUAA